UAGGACAAGGACAACUUGGUAUUCGGGUUGUGCCAAACCUCGUCUUAGACUUCUCAGUUUCGUUUCAACUUCAAAGUUUGACGAGUGUAGCGGGGUGAGCGAAAUCCCCCUUUUUACGGAUCGGAAUACAGGAAGACUGUUCCGCCUUAGCCAUUUUCAUAGGUUGUUUGUGUUUUCAAUCUGCAGAGUCAGGGAUGGGUUCUCAGGAGGAGGAGGAGGUUAGAUCGCUCUUGGAGACUGGACUUCUGCAGAAUGAAAACAGCGAUCUGCACACAGGAGAUGGCUCAGUUGACAUUCAUGGGAAGCCUGUUCUGAGGAGCAACACUGGAAACUGGAGAGCAUGUCCCUUCAUUCUUGGUACUGAAUGUUGUGAACGUUUAGCAUACUAUGGGAUUGCAACUAAUCUUGUUACUUACCUAACCAGCAAACUACAUGAAGGAAAUGUCUCUGCUGCAAGAAAUGUUACCACUUGGCAAGGCACUUGCUACCUUACUCCCCUCAUUGGGGCUGUCUUAGCAGAUGCCUAUUGCGGAAGAUAUUGGACAAUUGCUGUUUUCUCCACAAUAUACUUCAUCGGUAUGUGUACAUUGACUCUCUCAGCAACAGUUCCUGCAUUCAAGCCUGCUGAUUGUGUGGGUUCAGUAUGCCCUCCAGCUACCACAGCUCAGUAUGCAGUAUUCUUCUUUGGGCUCUAUCUGAUUGCACUAGGGACUGGCGGGAUCAAACCAUGUGUUUCAUCCUUUGGGGCAGAUCAGUUUGAUGAUACUGACCCUAAAGAAAGGGUAAAGAAGGGUUCCUUCUUCAAUUGGUUUUAUUUUUCUAUCAAUAUUGGUGCUCUUGUGUCAAGUAGUUUUCUUGUAUGGAUUCAAGACAAUGCUGGCUGGGGCCUAGGGUUUGGCAUUCCUGCAUUGUUUAUGGGCAUUGCUAUUGCAAGUUUCUUUUCUGGUACACCACUCUAUAGAUUCCAAAAACCAGGGGGAAGCCCUAUUACAAGAAUGUGCCAGGUAUUGGUUGCAUCAUUCCGCAAAUGGAAGCUAGAGGUCCCGAAAGAUAGCAAUCUCCUGUAUGAAACACCGGACAAGAACUCUGCAAUCGAAGGAAGUCGGAAACUGGAGCACAGCAAUGAGCUAAAGUGCCUUGACAAAGCUGCUGUAAUUUCAGAUGCUGAAAUCAAAAGUGGAGACUUCUCUAACCCCUGGAAUCUCUGCACUGUCACGCAGGUGGAAGAACUGAAGAUCCUGAUUCGUAUGUUUCCAAUCUGGGCUACUGGAAUUGUCUUUUCUGCUGUUUAUGCACAAAUGUCUACCAUGUUUGUGGAGCAGGGGAUGGUCAUGGACACAACCGUUGGAUCCUUCACCAUUCCUCCAGCCUCUCUCUCCACUUUUGAUGUCAUCAGUGUCAUUUUCUGGGUCCCUGUCUAUGACAGGAUCCUUGUACCAAUUGCAAGGAAAUUUACAGGUAAGGAAAGGGGCUUCUCGGAGUUACAGAGGAUGGGAAUUGGCCUCUUCCUUUCAGUCCUUUGCAUGUCAGCUGCUGCUUUGGUAGAGAUUAAGAGAUUGCAGCUUGCAACAGCCCUUGAUUUGGUUGAUGAAGAUGUUGCUGUACCACUUAGCAUCUUAUGGCAAAUACCACAAUAUUUCUUGUUGGGUGCUGCAGAAGUAUUUACAUUCAUUGGGCAGCUUGAGUUCUUCUAUGACCAAUCACCCGAUGCCAUGCGGAGCCUGUGUAGUGCAUUGUCACUCUUAACAACUUCCUUGGGGAAUUAUCUUAGCGCUUUUAUUCUGACUGUUGUGACCACCUUGACAACUGAGGACGGGAAGACGGGAUGGAUUCCAGAUAACCUGAAUGAGGGCCAUCUUGAUUACUACUUCUGGCUCUUGGCUGGUCUCAGUUUCCUGAACUUGCUGGUGUACAUGAUUUGUGCAAAAAUGUAUAAACGAAAGGCGGCCUCUUAGGCAUUCCCCAAGGGAAUGCUAUGGUUGGGCCCUGGCCAUAAGGGGGAUUUCACUACAUGUUCCUGCAGUUUCAGAAUUUCUAUCUAAUUUCAUGUGGACGUCUGUAAUAUAUUGGAUUGGAAAAAACUACUUGUAAUUAUUAUUCUUAUUCUGUAAAAGUCUCUCUUAUAGGUGUUUGACGUUACUUUUCCUGUAAAUUUCUGAAUUAAUUUAUGAUAAGGUGGGGACUGAAGUAAAAUAUGAAAA